AUGGGCACCAUCGAGAAUAACUACACAUGCCUUCUAGCCUUUGUUGUCUUCCUUACAAUCGUAUCCUAUCGACUAGUCUUGCAACGACUUACACGAUGUACUGUCAAGCCUGAGCGAUCUGAACGCCCUAAAAUUCCACAUGAUCUAACCUUUCGGAUCAGCGGUAUCCCAAUUGACUGGGACCGCGAAGUACUUCGAAAAGUCCUGAUGGCUGAAACCAACAUUGCAGAUGUGUCCAUAAAGUCACUCGCCCACGAAGCAAAUACCGACUUCCAGACAGCCACGGCCACCUUGGGAAAUGCUCCCUCCAAUUUUCGGAAUGUUCAAAGCUGGCAAAUUCGGGUACCGGAGCUUCCAAAUACUCAACCAGGUGCGAAGCAAUGGCUUGUCGUUGAAAAGGACUUCCUGGGCAUAACGACUCUUUACGCGCCGCCUCCCGACGAUCACAAAAUUGAUAUUGUUGCAUUGUCUGGUUUAGGAGGCCAUGCCUUUGGAUCUUUCCGUGAGAGAAAAGGUACACACAUGUGGUUGCGAGAUUCUCUUCCAGGGCAUGUCACCUCAGAGACCGAUGGCAAGCCAAUGGCGAGGGUCAUGGUCUACGGUUAUGAAUCGGCUGUUGCGAAAAGCAAGUGUAUGCAAAAUAUUGAAGACUUGAGCACAACGUUUCAUAACAGCCUUCUCGCAUCGGUGGGUGCCUCGCCGACCAGACCAAUCAUCCUUAUCGGCCACAGCCUGGGAGGACUGAUCAUCAAGCAGAUCAGGCAGUCACUGAUAACAAUGUCGAGAUCGAAAAUCCCCGAUGACAAAAGACUCUUUCGUUCUAUAUACGGCGUUGUCUUUUUCGGAACGCCACAUGAUGGCAUGGAUAUCAGCUCCCUUAUUCCCAUGGUCAGAGACGGACCCAACCGCUUCCUGAUUGAGUCCAUGAGCCGCAUGAAUUCGCAAAUACUCAGCAUACAGCAACGAGACUUUCACAGGGCCCUUGGCAGCGAAGGCGACUCGGAAGUGUUUUGUUUCUACGAAACACUCGAGUCUCCAACUGCGCAGGAGGUCGAUGGCCAAUGGAGAAUGACGGGACCCCCAACGAUCCUCGUCACAAAGUCUUCGGCAACGCAUUGCCGCCCAUGGGAAGAUGGAACAGAGCACAUGUGCGCCAUUGCCCGCACGCAUUCCGAAAUGGUGAAAUUCGGACCACACGACCCCGAAUACAAGAAUGUGAAGGAGAGGAUCAAGGGUCUUUCUCGACGGGCUGUUAUGGCGAGACGUCAUUUGCAAACUACGACAGCAAAGUGGACGAAGUCAAGAAUAGUCGAGGAUCAUGGCCUGAGCUGA